UCCGAGUGUUGAAAGCUAGAUACUACCCUAAUACAGACAUUCUACAUGCUCGAGUUGGCCACAAUCCAAGUUAUGUAUGGAAAAGCUUGAUGGCAGCACAAGAAUUGGUUCGUGAUGGCAUCAGAUGGAAGAUUGGCAAUGGAACACAAGUAGAAGUGUGGGGAGAUAGAUGGAUCCAAACGCGGAGGAUAAUGGGUACUUGGUGGUCUCACCAGUAUCCAAUUUGGGGAUCUUAGCCAUGGUCUCAUCUCUAAUUGACCACAUUACUCAACAAUGACGAGAGGAUAUCCUGGAGCAACAUUUCAAUCUGAUGGAUAUGGCUAGAAUUCGGGCAAUCCCCCUUCCCAAAACACCCCAACCUGAUAAGCAGGUCUGAGGCUUCGAAUGAAGGGGUUUCUACACAGCAAAAUAUGGUUACUGAGCAUGGAAGAGGAACUACAAUCAGAAGGGGAGGAGGUCUACGACCCAGUGAAUUGGAAACUGAUCUAGAAACUCCCAAUACCACCAAAGGUAAGAAUGUUCAUAUGGCGAUUGGUACAGAACAUUCUCCCAACGAGGAAGAACAUCGAAUCGAGGAAAAUGGAAGCAACGAUGGAGUGUCCAUUUUGCAACCUAGUGAAAACUCAGGAGCACAUAUUCAUGGAUUGCGCGUAGGCACGACGAAUUUGGACCCCUACUGAGUACCAAAGUCUGUUCGAGUGAGGGGGAAAUAAAUCGUGUCAAUCCUGUAGCCAGGGUCUCAUCUCUAAUUGACCACAUUACUCAACAAUGGCGAGAGGAUAUCCUGGAGCAACAUUUCAAUCUGAUGGAUAGGGCUAGAAAUUGGGCAAUCCCCCUUCCCAUAACACCCCAACCUGAUAAGCAGGUCUGGAGCUUCGAACGAAGGGGUUUCUACAAGCAAAAUCUGGUUACUGGGCAUGGAAGAGGAACUACAAUCAAAAGGGGAGGAGGUCUACGACACAGUGAAUUGGAAACUGAUAUGGAAACUCCCAAUACCACCAAAGGUAAGAAUGUUCAUAUGGCGAUUGGUACAGAACAUUCUCCCAACGGGGAAGAACAUCGGAUCGAGGAAAAUGGAAGCAACGGUGGAGUGUCCAUUUUGCAGCCUAGUGAAAACCUAGGAGCACAUAUUCAUGGAUUGCGCGUAGGCACGGCGAAUUUGGACCCCUACUGAGUACCGAAGUCUGUUCGAGCGAGGGGGAAAUAAGUUGUGUCAAUCAUGGUUCUAUGAAGUUUCAGAGGAGAUUGAGGAGGAGAAGCUGGCCCGAUUGGCGAUGAUUCUAUGGAAUAUGUGGAAUGAAAGGAAUAAUCACCUCUUCAAUAAGAAGAAGGCUGAAGAACGGAAGGUGGUGGGGAGAGCCCUAUCCUACUAUGAGGAAUUCACAGCAGCCAGAAGAAAGGAGGAAGAGAGAAGAGAACCCACACCUGUGCAAUAGAGGAAGCCACCAACGGGUUGGAUCAAGAUCAAUGUUGAUGCCGCAGUCUUUGCCGGAGAAGGGACUGGCUCGGGAGUUGUUGCAAGGGACUAGAACGGACUUUGUGUGCUGGCGGCAGUUCGUCAUGACCAGGGUCAGUGGCGGCCAGAAAUUGCAGAGUUGAAGGCGAUAGAUUUUUCCCUAGAAAUGGUGGAAAUGAAGGGCUUCACGCGGGUGGUGUUUGAGUCGGACUGUCAAGAGGCGAUUGGGAAGAUACAAGGAGCCAUGGAGUCUCCAACAGAAGAAGGUGGCUCGAAGCUGAAAUACGGGCCAAGGCCCAAUCUCUGGGACAAAUCCAAUGGUCUUUUUCUAAGAGGGAAAGUAAUAUUGCGGCCCACACUAUGGCCCAUUUAGCUUGUGGAUGAGAUGAUCAGGAUAUAAGGGAGGAUAGGCCGCCUGCGUGUUUACUUUCUUGUCUUGAUGCGGACUGUAAUCUUAUUGACGGCUAAAUAAUAAAAUCCCAGGUGUUCUAUAUAAAAAAAAAACUAGCAACAUAAAACUUUGUGGGCGGAAUUUAUAUGCCGAGCCCAUAUAAGAGAUGAGGAAUUAUGGACAUCAUUCCAAGACAACAAAGGCCAACAGGCUCAAUUUAUAUAGUUUGUAAACAGAAGCCAGCCGCCUAUUGUAUUAUUAAGGGUAAUGUUUAUUUUUUAUCCAAACAUUUUUUAGAUGCUUUUAUAUUAUCCAAAUAUAUUAAAAUGCUAUUAAUUAGCCAAAUUUUUCGUAAUGUUUCAAAAUAUUAGUCAUUUUUACGUUAUCAUUAAUAAUUUUGUAACUCUUUUCUUAGUUAAAAGGGUAAUGUCUAUUUUUUAUCCAAAUCUUUUCAGAUUCUUUUAUAUUAUCCAAACCUUUUUGGAUAAAAAAUAGACAUUACCCUUUUACCCAACUCUAGUACGUUCUUUAGCAAGCUUGGGACUUCCAUUCCCAACUCGUAGCCGCCUUCGAAGCUUCCUCAAAUGUGUCGAAUAAUCCCUCAAAGGGGGCUACCUCGAAACAACUCCCACACUAAACCAAAAUUGCCAUCUUCAGAAACGUUCUUCCUUUGUCCUCGUAGGUGACUUUAAGCUUAACUGGUGUCGUGCUUGGGCCACUUUCGAGGGUUGCAUCAAAGAGGUCUUGUGUUCUAAUUUCCACGACACCCAUUUGUUAAGUCCAUGAUAUUCAGUCAUGUGAAAAUUUCAAGCCCUUAUGAGUGGCUUUCGUUUAAAGAUACGCGUUAGUAUAUGAUAUUGAUUCGGGGUUAAUUGUACACAUUUUACCCCUCAUUUCUUAGAUGUUUGAGGCAUUUUCACUAUGCGAGGUUUGAUUUUACGCUAGGUUGUGCAUGUUUCUAGUAUGUUUCAGAUCCUAGUAGGUGGAUUUGGCCUAUGGAACAAAAUUUGGACUAAAAGGAGCGAAAACGGAUCAAAGGGAGCAAACGGUCGAGGAUCACGGUGGAAACCAGAAGUUCAUGGUCAGGCCGACUGUGAUAAAGAGGAGGAUUGUGAAGUGCAAGGCGACCAUGUAAGUUUUUCAGCCUCGUAGGCUUACGAGAAAUCACGAUCACUCGACCGUGAUAAUCCGCUCCAGACCGUGAAGUCCUUUAGUGAAACACGUGCUUUUGCCAGGAUUACGGUCCAGGCUUUGAGUUAACAGUCGUGAACUUGGACCGUGAAAAGUCAUUGAGCUGGGUAUAAAAGGGAAAGUGAGCUGAAAGAUGAGGGAGAGAGCCUAGUGAGAGAACUUCUUCUUCCUCAGAUUUAUAGUGAGAGUGAAAAAUAAGAGAGGAGAAGAAAGUUAGGAUUUCAUCCAAACUUCAAGAUUUGGGAAUUUCAUCCUCGAAGGUUGAUCUCCACACCAAAGAAGAAGGCAAACAUCUCAAGAUGGUCUUUUCUCUUCUCCUUUGUGUAUUCCCUAGACUUAGCAUGAAGUAGUUCCCUUCUUUCACUUGGGUGUUUGUGAACCCUAGCUAGAAUCAUGUGAUUGUUUGUAUGAAUUAAACGAUUUGUGGGUG